AAAAAUGUUAGGUUAUUUUACAUGCUUAACAAUUUAAAAUUUGUUAUUAAAAUAAAAUAGAAAAAUAACAGAAUACUAAUAGAAAAUUCCACACGUUCGUUUUUAGCAUAGAAAAUAUGGAAAACUUAGAAGAGCUUCGUAAUUAUUCAUCAAAGCUUAGGCUACAAAACGUACAGGGACCGAUUAAAUUCGAUUACUCCGACAGUUUAAUACUUGCUGUAUAUAAUCAAACUCUGAUAGUUUACGAUGAAUCUGAAAUAUCCGAAAACGAGCAGGUUCAUAAAAUAGAAACAUCGAAUCCUUUGAAAUACGUGAAAUAUCUAACUAUGUACAGUACAGUAUUUCUAGCAACAGAUACCCAAUUAAUUCUAUACGAUAUCGACCAACGUACAAUACUGACUCAAAAAAAUGUUAAUGCAAUUGUGGAAUUAUCGUGGAACCAUUUGGAAACUUUAUUUGUAGUUAUAGAUUCAAACAAUCUUAUAACAUCCUACAAUUGCACGAGGAAUAUCAUCAAUCCAAAAGACACGGUGCAAUUGAGUGCUCCGGUUCCUAUUCCAGCACUCGUAGGAUGGGGUUCACAGAGAACGCAAUUUCAAGGACCCAAACAAACGAGAUCUACAGAUAUUAAAGUAGAAGAAUUGGACCAAACAUCAAUUGCUCCACCGAAAAUAAGCUGGAGAGGCAACAGCGAACUGUUUGUCGUGAAUUAUUGUGAAGACGGGCAACGGUUCCUUAAAGUUUUUAACAGCGAUUUGCAACCGAUGAACAUGUCGGAGGCUUACCCGAACCUUCAAGAACCUGUGGCCUUCAUGGGACAAGGCCAGUGCAUAGCCUGCUGUUCGAUAGGAAACGACAAUACUAAACUAGUUAUUUUCGAAAAAAACUGCAAGGUUAAAGCGGAAUAUAACAUAACGCAAGUAACGGAUUCUGUGAAAAAAAUUCAGUACCAUCCGAUCAUGAACAUGCUAGCCGUAAGUUUCACGGAUAAAAAUCGCAACACUUUUAUAAACGUUUACCUCUUUUCGAACGGCGAGUGGAUCUUCAAACAGCAAUUAUUCUACCCUUCGGAUUGCACCGUGUACGAUUUCACGUGGUUGAAACUACACGAAAAUCUAUACACAACAUGCACUAUAGUCGUGUACACUUCCAAGUACAUCGAGCAUCACUACUACCGAUUCGUGGUCUCCAGAUGCCCCCUCACCGGUACAGUAGCGGUCGUUAACGGAAAGAAAUUGGAAAUAUAUCUUUACGAUAAGAAAAUCACUCCACCUCCACUGUAUUUCACGUCUUGUAUGAACGAAAGACCGAUUAACAGAGUUUUGUUUCACCCGACAAGGAAAAUCUGCGUUUGCAUCGAUUCCUAUUGCUACGUGAAGUUAUUAAACAUCACCGACGAAGGAAUAGUAGAGGAAAUAGGAUACUUGAACAACUACACUUUCACCGGCGCAGUUAAAUUUCUAUCGGUAGAUUGGAACGAGAGUUCCGUAAACGUUUCGUUGGCAAACGAAACCCGUAAAGGAGAAUUCAACUCGCAAUUUAACGAUAUUUUAGUCAACGUUUAUGUAAAUGAUGAUAUUACCGACUCGAACGUUAGAUUACCCUACAACGACACCUCAAUGUUGGCCUCCUACAAACACAUCGACGAACCCAGCAAUUUUAUUUACCUCACAAAACACGAACUGGAAGAGAACAAGCUCUUCAUGGAUUUCGAAUUCGCUUUAUCAGCCAACAGGGAUUUUUACGUAAACGACUCUCCGGUAUGUGGAGGUGUUACAUCAUUCUACAUAUUCCAAGGGUACCUCAUAUUCACCCACUCAUCGGCGAAACUGUACUGCAUGCGUUUGAAAGACUACGUCCUGUUCACCUCCAUCAUACAAUUAUCUAACAUAUUCAGCAGGGAAAUCGAACAAGGUGCUACCAUACUAGCCUGCACUAAUCUACUAUUCCCGCAAAUCAUCCUGCAACUGCCCAGAGGCAACAUCGAAACCAUCGGUUGCAAACUCAUGACGAUAGAUUUGGUAGAAAAACUGCUAAACGAAGGCUCUUGGGAGGAGGCUAUUCGGAUAAUUCGCACGGAGAAAGUCAACUGGAACGUCCUCAUCGAUUUAAACCCAGAACGUUUUAAUGACCACAUAGAAGACUUCGUGAAAGCCACGAGAAACAACACCAUGCUCAGCAAUAUCGUAACGGAAUUCAACACGAAAGAAAACUGCUUCGAUACCUUCUACAAAAACUACUCCCCGAAGGAUUUCAACGGGCGGGAAUACGACAAAAAGCGAAUAAUACACAACAUUUUGCAGUACCUCUCCACCACCGAUUGCAUACAAAACCUAUCCAGCAUAGUAGCUAUACAACAGAAGCAUAUAUCUCUAAGAGCGGCCCUUAAAUCAAUCAAAGAUAUUUACGAAGUGAACAGGCAUAGUUACGAGCAGAUCUGCAGCAAAGCCAUCAAGCAAUUACUCAGUCAGGAGUACUUCAAAGACUUAGAAAGCGCCGCUUACAAUCUAUACGACUUGGACUUCCUCCGGUUGAUUUACCACAACAGCUUGGAGGACCCGAAGGUCUACGAGCCCGAAAUUAAAAACUUCAAAGCCAUGGGCGCGUUAGAGAGGAGGUUCAAGAUGAGCCUGCGCGGGAGGAAUUUAAACUCCUCCGUUAAGUACCUGCUCAGAUCCGAUACGGUCGAGGAUUCGUACAUUAUUAAUUUCAUCAUCAAAAAUCGAUUGGAGAGCGUCGCGUACUUUUCUCUAAACGAGUACCACAAGCACUUCGUGCUGGUCAGCGAGCUGUACGCUAAUAAAUUAUCGAUUUCGAAGAGGUUCACCGAAGCGGGGAUUGUUAUGAAACGGGCGGGAUUGUUCGACGAAGCUCUGCAGGAAUUCACCAAAGGAUUGCAAUGGAGGGAGAUAACCAGUUUGUGCACCACCAUGAAAUUAACCAGCGAAGAAGCCGAUAAAGUCUACAAGAAUUUAGCAGCUGAAUUGGUCAAAGCUAAGCAUUUAGAUGAAGCUGUAAUCGUGUUAGAAACUUACGCUAAGGAUUAUUUAGCUGCGAUUAACGUGCUGGUGGAGAACCGAUCGUUUCGAAAGGCUGUUUGUCUUGCUGAAACUUACAGGGAAGACGAUCUGAUUAGGGCUGCAAUACAACCGAAAUUAUUGGAAUACACGGCGAUUUUGAACGAGAAAAUCAACAGAUACAAGGAACAAUUUAAAGUUUACACGAAAAGGUUGCAAGUUGUUCGACAAGAGAGGGCGUACAAGCUGCAGGCGGUGUCCUUAGGUCAGUACGAAGACGAGGAUUUGUAUCCGAUGUCCGAGACUUCUACGUUCAAAUCCAAAGCUUCCUCUCAUCAAACAUCGAAGUCCAGGAGUUCCACCAUGUCUUCGAAGAACAGGAGAAAGGAGGAGAAGAAGAAAAUCGAUCUAAAAGAAGGCGGUUUCUACGAGGAUAUAGCGCUGAUGCGAGUGUUGCACAUUUUGUACAACGAAGUGUUCGAAUUCGGCGAGGAAAUUAAAGAGAUUUGUUUGGUGUGUUUCAACAAAUACACCGACGUGGGGAAGAAAUUGCACUCUCACUUCGGCGAGUUGCACACGGAAAUGGUUAAAAGCAUUCCGGAUGUUUGGUGCAAUGCUUUCGUUAACGAGGAUGAUCCCGAUGAGUUCUAUUUAGCCGCCAUUAUACAGAAUAAACAAGAUCUAGAUCCUCAGUAUAGCGUUCCACCUGCUACGAAUACGGCGAAUUCGUGGAAACUGGAGAUAUUUUCGUAAUACGAAGAAUAUUAAUUCGUACGAUUGCAAGUCCAAUAAGUUUUAAGUUCUAAUUUGUAAAAUACGAGUAUAUAUUUUUGAAUAAACCGUUU